AUGGAUAACCACUCCUAUUCCUCUUAUGCCGAUUCCCGCGGCUCCUCUCCCCGUUCCUGCGAAAACCCCUCUUGUGAUGAUCCUUCCUCCAACCUUAACGCCGGAAAUGUUCCUCACAACUACAAAGUCAAGUUCAUGUGUAGCUAUGGCGGCAAGAUUCAUCCCAGACCUCACGACAAUCAACUUACCUACACCGGCGGCGACACCAAGAUUCUUACGGUCGAUCGUAAUAUCAGUUUCUCCACGCUUUCCUCCAGGUUAUCCUCUCUCUGUGAUGUUACUGUUUGUUUAAAGUACCAACUCCCUGGUGAAGAUCUCGAUGCUUUGAUUUCUGUAACCAACGAUGAGGAUCUUGAGCAUAUGAUGUUGGAGUACGACCGGUUAUAUCGUGUUUUGAAGCCUGCGAGGUUGAGGCUUUUUCUGUUCCCUUUAAAUCCACCUGCCUCGACGAUUUUAGGCUCCUGGGAUACAAAAUCGGAUCGGCAGUGGUUUGUCGAUGCUCUGAAUUCUUCGCGGACUCAGCCUCUAGAAGAUUCGUCGCCGCCUGUGGAUGCUACUGCAUCGGCAUCGAAUCCUGAUUUCUUGUUUGGAUUUGAUCAUGGCUACCGUUUGGUUCCUGGCUCUGACUUGAAGGAUUCGACCGCCAUAGAUACCGUGUCGACUACGGCGGUGUAUAGCGUUUCUGCGGGAUCUGAUUGUGGAUCUGAAGACCGUCAGGUGGUCGGAGGACCUGUUGUUCUUCCGUUGGAGUUUCAGGACUUGCAGAGAUUGCAAAUGAUGACUGAGAGAAAGAGCAAUGAGACCAACUCCAAGACUUCUGCAGGCAAUUCUCAACCUCCACCACCGGCGGCUGUUCCUCCGCCUGUACAAAUGCCAGUACCUGCAGCAUACUUCCCGGAGAGGCAAAUGAUCUCCGGUGGUUUUCCAGUGGCCAAUGCUCCACCGAUCGACCAGUCAGUAUAUAUAAUCCCCACUGCAGGGGGUUUAUUUCAAGCUCAGACGCUCAGACCCAUCAACAGACCAGUUGGGCACCAGCCUUAUUAUGGAAUGCAUGCCGCAUACCAUGAAGCCCAGGUUCACAGUUCGAUGGCACCACAAGCUUCUCUUCAACAACCAAAUGUUGGGGUGUACACCUCAGAAGGUUUUCAAAUGAUACAGCCAAAAAUUGCGGUAAAUGAGGCAGGUUACGCUCAGAUUGCGUAUGACAACACUGGCAGACAUGUUUACUUUACCACAGCACCACCGUAUCAGACCACGGCUCCGGUGGCGGCAAAUGGCAGACCCAGUGGCGGUGGUGGAGGCUCGUACAAUCCGGAGGGUAAUACGAUUAACCCUUCCAAAGCCUCUGGUUUAUAA